AUGUCAGACAUACUAAAGGGCGAUAAAGCGUUCAGAUUGAGCAUACCUAGGGCGGCAGCGGUGAUGGGAUCCGAAACCAUCUUGGAAGACUCGAGGUUUAUCAAAGCGGUGGAAGGAGGAGCGACGGGGGCGGCGGCGGUGGCGGUAGCGGCAGCGGUAGCAGUGGUGCCACCGCCGCCGGGAGAAGACGCGACGGUCGCAUGGCCGGCGAGGGAUUUCCUCCGUCCAGGAGAAGAGCUAGAACCAGUCGACGCCGGGAGAUUCGAGUCGGUUACCGCCAGGCAUCGUGAGGGAGCGCCGGAGUUCGUAACGAUCACAACGGGCUACGAUGAAAUUGACAGUUACAACAGCGUCGAUGAAAUUUAG